AUGUCAGAUUCACUUGAAAGUACUAUCUAAAAUUGAUAUUAGAGUAAUAAUUCUAAGGCCCAAUGUCAGUUCUAAUGUCUAAUUAUGUUUGUAUUUAAGAUGGUGAUUUUCUAUAACCUCCUAGUUAGAAUUCAUACUCUGUUCCUAUUGAACUUUCUCCUAAUAAUCCAAUUAAAAAUUAAGUUAAAAAAACUUUAAUUACUGGAACUGGUAGGUAGAGUGUAUUUGAAGAAGAAUCUUCACAUCAUGGUAAACCUGAAUUUCUUAAAUUAAUUAUUGCCAAAAGCUUAUAAAAUAACUUUAUUAAUAAUUUAUGGAAUAAGUCCUAUUUAAGAAAAUUGCAUCAAUUAACAGAAUAUCAAAUUAAAACUAUUGAUGAUUUAAGAUUUAGUAGUAAUGUUGCUGAAUCUGCUUAUGAUAGCCCAAAUGUAUUUACACCUUACAGUGAAUUUAUUUUCUUUUGGGAUUUCUCUUAGAUUAUCUUAUAUUUAUUUAUAUUCUUUUGGUUACCUUUUAAAUUAUCCUUUGGUAUGAAACAAAUUUGUGAAUUUUGGAAUGAAGAUAACAAUCACAAUUUAGAAUUCCUUAUUUUAACUCUUUUAUCAUGCGAUGUAUUAGUUGGAAUGAAUAUGGCCUUUAUUCAUAAAGGAUAAAUCAUCAAAAAUAGAAGAAAGAUCUUAUUCAAUUAUAUAAGAUAAUAUGCUUUUGUUGAUUUAGUAUUAUUUUAUUUAUAUUUUGGUUUCAUUAGCAGUCUUGACAUUUCAUUUCUUUUUACAUGAUACUUCACAACUAGCAGUCACUUUAUUAAUAAUAUUUGCUGUUGUCUUUUAUAUAUUGAGACUCAAUAAAAUUGAUAAAAUCCUUGCUUUGAUUUAAGAGUAACAUUUAUUUAUAUAAUUUUUAGAUUCUUUAAUUUGAAUGGAUCUCUAAGUGAUCUUCUUGCAUUAAUAUAAAUGAUAACUAUUAUUAUAUAUAUAAUCCAUAUUUGUGCAUGUGUUUGGCAUGGAAUAGCUGAUGUUAAUCUAUAACCAAAUUGGAUAGAUUCAUAUCAAUUAAGAAAUACUGAAGUAUAUGUCAGGUACAAUGUAGCUGUUUACUGGGCAACAAUGACUAUGACAACAGUGGGAUAUGGUGAUGUAACUGCUUAAAACAAUAUUGAAACAGCUGUAAAUAAUGUAACUAUGUUAAUUGGUAGUAUUGUUUUUGCAUAUUCAGUAAAUAGUAUAGGAAUAUUUGUAUCUAAUCUUUAUAAGAGUAGAUAAGAAUAUAAUCGUACAGUAACAUUGAUAAAUACAUUUAUGUCUAAAAAUAAGAUAUAAUUUGAUCUUUAGACUAGGAUUCGAAGUUAUUUACAAUAUAUUUGGUAAGAGGAAUAAUAAAUGAAUGAAGAAGAAGUAGGUUCAAUAGUAUCUAAAUUAAGUAGUCAUUUAUAAGAUGAAUUGAAUCUAUAAUUAAAAGGUAAUAUACUGAAUUAAUGUAAAAUAAUAACAAAGACAUUUUCAUAGAAAUUCAAAUAACACUUAUUAUUAAUGAUGGAGGAAUAAAGUUUUUCUCCAGAAGAGAGGAUAAUAACGGUAUUUAGAUUAAUAUAUAAUAAUAGUUAAAUUAAUAAGAUGAUAAUUCAUUAUACAUAAUAUCAAAGGGAGAAGUGGAAAUAAUAUUUGAAGGUAUAAACUAAAAUGGAGAUGUAUAAUAAAGAAAUAGUUUAUAAUAAUUAAAGGCAGGAGAUUAUUUUGGAGAGAUAUCAUUUAUAACAGGUAAAUUAAGAAGUGCAUCUGGAAUAGCAAGAGGAUUUGUAAGAGUAUUUAAAAUAAAGAGAGAAUCCUUUUUAAAGAUAUUAACACUAUUUCCUAAUGAUUAUGAAAAGUUUUGUUAAUUAAAAGAUUAAUUGAUGAUGAAAUAAUCAGUACCACAAGCUAUAUAAUGUUAUAGUUGUAAGAGUAAUUAACAUCUAAUAAAUGAAUGUCAUUUCCAUCAUUAUUGUGGAGAUAAAGAAUCAAUUAUAAAGAAAGAAUAUUUUCCAAUUGAUUAAAAAAGAAAAUCUAUAUAUAGAAGACGAUUUACUAGUAAAUUACAUCCUUGGCUAACAUAAUAUGUUCUUACUAAUAAAGCUAAACAAUAUGCAUUUUCUAAUACUGUUACUGAAAAUGAAUCAGAAGAAAAUGAAGAUGAAAUUAAUGGUGUUUAUUAAACGAGUGAAGAAGAAGAAGAAGAUUAAGUAUUAUAGAGAGAUAAUUCAUAAUCAAUUAGUGCUACUCAACAUUUAAAUGAUACAGAAGAAGAAGAUAAUAAUAAUAAAUUAUCAAAAUAUAAAAGAAACAUUGUUGCACCUCAUGAAACUAUUAAAACUGCUGGUUUUGCAUUAUUAAAAUAAGAGAAAUAAUCAUAAAAUGAUUCACCUUAAACAGAAGGACUUAUAAUUGAAUCAAAAAAACUAAUCAAUACAUAUUAAAUUAGACCACAUUAAGGAGAUAAUAAAACUAACCCUAAAACAUCUAAAAAAAGAAUUACUAUGAUUAAAGAAAUGCCAGAAGAUAGAUAAGGAUCUGAAUAAUAAAAAGCAUAUUAAGUUCGUUAACCAACUAAAAAGAGAACAAAAACUAAUAGAAUUCUUAAAGAUCAUAGUUAAUUCACUGAUGGGUAUCUUUUUUAAGAUACUUCUACAUCAUAACUUUUUGAUAAAAUGUAGAUCUUCACUUAUUAUUUCCCUAUUAAUAAUUAUGAUGUAAUACUCAAACGUUAUGCCAAAAUUUAAAAAUUAUUUGGUAAAAAAAGACUAUUCCCGGAAUCUUCCAUUUAUAGUUUUUAUAUUCNUUUAGAUUAAUAUAUAAUAAUAGUUAAAUUAAUAAGAUGAUAAUUCAUUAUACAUAAUAUCAAAGGGAGAAGUGGAAAUAAUAUUUGAAGGUAUAAACUAAAAUGGAGAUGUAUAAUAAAGAAAUAGUUUAUAAUAAUUAAAGGCAGGAGAUUAUUUUGGAGAGAUAUCAUUUAUAACAGGUAAAUUAAGAAGUGCAUCUGGAAUAGCAAGAGGAUUUGUAAGAGUAUUUAAAAUAAAGAGAGAAUCCUUUUUAAAGAUAUUAACACUAUUUCCUAAUGAUUAUGAAAAGUUUUGUUAAUUAAAAGAUUAAUUGAUGAUGAAAUAAUCAGUACCACAAGCUAUAUAAUGUUAUAGUUGUAAGAGUAAUUAACAUCUAAUAAAUGAAUGUCAUUUCCAUCAUUAUUGUGGAGAUAAAGAAUCAAUUAUAAAGAAAGAAUAUUUUCCAAUUGAUUAAAAAAGAAAAUCUAUAUAUAGAAGACGAUUUACUAGUAAAUUACAUCCUUGGCUAACAUAAUAUGUUCUUACUAAUAAAGCUAAACAAUAUGCAUUUUCUAAUACUGUUACUGAAAAUGAAUCAGAAGAAAAUGAAGAUGAAAUUAAUGGUGUUUAUUAAACGAGUGAAGAAGAAGAAGAAGAUUAAGUAUUAUAGAGAGAUAAUUCAUAAUCAAUUAGUGCUACUCAACAUUUAAAUGAUACAGAAGAAGAAGAUAAUAAUAAUAAAUUAUCAAAAUAUAAAAGAAACAUUGUUGCACCUCAUGAAACUAUUAAAACUGCUGGUUUUGCAUUAUUAAAAUAAGAGAAAUAAUCAUAAAAUGAUUCACCUUAAACAGAAGGACUUAUAAUUGAAUCAAAAAAACUAAUCAAUACAUAUUAAAUUAGACCACAUUAAGGAGAUAAUAAAACUAACCCUAAAACAUCUAAAAAAAGAAUUACUAUGAUUAAAGAAAUGCCAGAAGAUAGAUAAGGAUCUGAAUAAUAAAAAGCAUAUUAAGUUCGUUAACCAACUAAAAAGAGAACAAAAACUAAUAGAAUUCUUAAAGAUCAUAGUUAAUUCACUGAUGGGUAUCUUUUUUAAGAUACUUCUACAUCAUAACUUUUUGAUAAAAUGUAGAUCUUCACUUAUUAUUUCCCUAUUAAUAAUUAUGAUGUAAUACUCAAACGUUAUGCCAAAAUUUAAAAAUUAUUUGGUAAAAAAAGACUAUUCCCGGAAUCUUCCAUUUAUAGUUUUUAUAUUCUCACCAUGAAGAAAGGUUAUAAAUUAAGAAAACUAGGAGAAGAAUUGUAAAAUCAAGUUAGACCAUCAAAGUUACCUCCUUAGUCCAAAAAGUCUCAUAGGAAAUCCAAACCCACUUUAUUAUUUGGUAAAGACUUUAUAAUGAAUAAUAAUAUAAAUGUGUGAUUCUUCUGAUAGUUUAUUUAGAAAUCAUAUCUAGUAUGGAGAAUUCUAAGGACCAAAUCCUCAACUUUUAAGCAAUAAAGUUGUUUCAUAAUAAGGAGAUAAUCAAGAAGGCAGCUGUAGUUCAUUUACGGGACCUGAACAAUUUCUAAUUCAACACUCUCUAGCUCGAAUCCCAUAGAAUAUGGAAAGGAUAAAAACAAUGGGAGGUAGGAAAUCAGAAUAUCAAUCCGCAUAUGAAUAAGAAGAUUAAGAGUCCAUUAAAGAUAGCAAACCGUAAUUUUUGAGAUUAAUAAUUGCAAAAAGUUUGUAAAACAAUUUCAUUAAUAAUUUGUGGAAUCGAUCUUAUCUGAGGAAAUUAAAUCAAUUGACAGAAUAUUAGAAAUCUCAAUUGGAUGAUUUUUAAUAUGAAUAGGAUACAUUUGUUAGUCUGGUACGUUAAAAUUCGAAAUCUUUGAUCCAAUAAUUGGCAUUUUGGAAAGCAAUAGAAGUGUUUACACCUUAUAGUAAAUUUAUAGUGAUUUGGGAUGUAUUUCAAAUAAUCACAUACAUAACAAUAUUUUUUUGGUUGCCAUUUAAAAUAUCAUUUUAAAUAUAUUUUAUUAGCGAUUUAUUUGAGAUAGGAAACACAAAGUUUAUAGAGAUGAUAUUGCUUUCAAUAUUAGCAUUAGAUGUAGUAGUUGGUUUGAAUUUGGCUUUUAUUUAAAAAGGUUAAAUUAUAAAAGACCGAAAAAGAGUCAUAAUUAAUUAUUUCAAUUAGUAUGCAUUUGUUGAUUUGGUAUGA